AUGACGGACCGCUAUGGCUACACCACGACCGGGCGGUCGGCCACAUUCAACCCUGCACGAUCCUCGCUCCCUGCCAGCAUCGGUUACACUUCCCUUUACGCCGGCGACAUGCAUGUUAUGCCCUCAUCCACCCGCCCGCCGCCGACGACGGCUCCCGUACCCCGUCAAUAUGUAACAACCACAACGUCCUCUGGCAUCCCCGCAGCCAAUACCCGAACGUACGCUGUGACUCAGGAUCCUCGCUCUCAGCGCCCAACGACUCGAGAUGUCACCCGUUCGCACCGCUCCUCGACUCUCGACUCAGCCACCGGCCGCCCGCCCGUCAUAGUCAUGACCACCCAAAAGGACCGCCCGAACCCGGGCCCUUCCCACUCCUCCAACGCUCGCUCCGGCAGUCCCAUCCGAGACGACUACCGGGCCAGUGAGGGCCAGUUCUAUACUGAGCCUGCCUCAUCCAUACGUUCCCGCAGCAGUGCACGCCCCUACAACGACCAGCUAGGCGGCGACGACUAUGCUCGCGGUAGAGACCUCGGCGACAGUCUGGCCCGCGAUGCCGACGCGUAUCGCAGCUCUCGCCCAUCCGUUGUCUAUCCCAGCAACCCUCGUCAUAGCUCUGCCACCAUCGACUAUGGCGAUGAGGGGUACCAGUAUACCAACGCUGGAGAGCUCGUUCGCUACGAUCUCGACCACCCUCAACCGUCUCACUCUCGCAGGCAUGAGAGCUUUGACCGCGGAUACUAUCGCCCAAAUAUCAACUACAAUGCCGACCAGCGAAUUCUCAAUGUUAACACAAGCCCUGAUAUGGGCCGUACCAGCAGCAGCACCAUCACCACCACCGCCACCCCUACCACUCGCCAACAUGAAUCCCGGGGUGGCCCACCUCCCAGCACCCGAGGCUUCGACAAGAUACCCCGAGUACAGGAUAGUUCUCGCGACGUACCGCCUACUGUCCCGGCGGCGCCAGAUCCUAUCACGACAACGAGGACUCUGAGUGCCAGUGGUUCCUCGGAUGGAAGACGGCCCAGGCCUGUUUCUCUCUAUCAAGAGAGCACUCCACGGUCACAGCACCACGAUGAAUAUUACCGCAGUCGUGACGACGAGAAGAACAUGCGAGAGUUUCGUGACUAUCAACAGGACCCACGGCGCACCUAUGAGCCCGAGCCCACAUACCAGGCCUUGUCAUAUGAACCGCAAACUUAUGAGCCCCAAUCCUAUGAGCCCCAAACAUAUGAGCCCCAGCCAACGUAUAAUAUCCAACCACCAUAUGAGAUUCAACCAACAUAUGAGGCUCAACCGACAUAUGAGGUCCAGCCUCCAUACCAGGUCCAGUCAGCAUAUGAAUCUCAGUCACCAUACUUCCACGAUGACAGAGUCACCACUCGUGGUUUCGGUAUCCGUACUGAUCUUAUCGAGGACGUCGAUCGUCGAAGGGAGUCUCAACAUCUCCAAGAGCCCAAGAAGCGCUCUGAUGAAGAGCCUCCUCGUGAGCCCGAACCUGACCGCGACGACCGACGGCGAAUCCGCGCCGAGAGCAAGGAGCCUCGUCGCGAGAGACGAGAGAGCAAGAGGGGCAGCGAGGACGACGAAAAGGAGCGCACUCGAUUCCGUGACAAGAUGGCAUCGGGUCUAGGUAUCGCCGCCGCUGCCGUCGGUCUUGCACCCUCGACAAAGGAGAAGGACGAAGACAAACGCUCAAAGGACAGCGACACCAAAGUGCGACGAGAUUCCGAUGAUGGCCGUGAACGAAGAAAAGACACAGAGGACCGGGACCGACCAAAGGUGUCUACUUCUACUCAGGAUCAGUCGAGGCACCGAGACUACGAUAGGGAGCAUCCUAGUGUCAAGGACAGCUCUGAGCCCAAGAAAACGAGUCGGCGAGAGAUCGACCAGCGAAAGAGUGACCCUCGAAAGAGCAGCGAGGCGGUCAUCUCAGCCUCCGACUCCGAUGAGGGCAAGAAGACAACCCGGCGCCAUCGCAAUUCUACCGCCUUCAACCCCAAUGACGCCGGCGAGCUAAAGCAGCUCAAGGAGCAGCUUGCCGCUUUGAAGACGGCGGAGAAGGAGAAGGACGCUGAGAAGCCAGCCGUUAUUGAAACGAAGAGGACUCGUUCAUUCUCCCCCACAAAGCAGAGCAGGACUACCGUUGAGUCCAAGCCUGCUAGAGAGUCACGAUCGCCACCUGAGCCCAAGCCUGCAAGAGAGUCGAGAUCCCCACCUGAGCCCAAAUCUACAAGGGGAUCGGCAUCUCCCACCGAGUCCAGGACUACACUGGAAUCCAAGUCCACUUCAUCCGCCAGGGAUGAGUCUCGUGGCCGCGAGCUCACGGUUGCCGGCUCUGAGGAGAGGCAAGUUCGCCUCGUGUCGCCCCCGCGGGACAAGACGGAUGACAAACCUCUCAAGGGCAUCCUCAAGCAGCCCAAGGUCAGAUUCCCCGAGGAGGCCAACCCCAUCCGUGAGGGUGUUGCGCCUCACAAGGAAGACAAGAAGCUCCGAGAAGCGCCUGCGGGUGCCAAAUGGACCAAGAUCAGCCGCAAGAUAGUCAACCCUGAGGCUUUGACCAUUGGCAAGGAGAGAUUCGAGGUCCGUGACGACUUUGUCAUUGUACUCCGAGUCCUCAGCAAGGAAGAGAUUCAAGCGUAUGCCUCUGCAACGGUAGUUUUGAGAGAGCGACGACGCCGCGACGAGGAUGGCGACCGUGAUCGCGAUGGUGACCGCGACCGUGAUCGUGAUCGCGACCGUGAACGGGAGCGCGAACGGGAUCGGGAGCGAGAUCGCGAUAAAGAUCGUGACAGGGAUCGCGACGAAGAUGAAAAGCGAAGGCAUCGCCGUCGCCGUCAUCGAGAUGAUGAUGAGGUGGAUCACGAUACCAAGGACAGGGACAGGGACAGGGAGCGCGACAAGGAGCGCGAACGACAUCGGCGUCACAGGGAUGACGAUGACAUCCGGUUCAAGGAUCAGGAGCAUCAUCAUCACCACCACCACUACUGA